AUGACUGGGAAAAAUCAAGAAUUAGUAGAUUGUAGAUUCUAUGAAAAUAAAUUCCCAGAACCUGAAGAAUUUGUAAUGGCACGUGUUAAAAGAAUUACGGAAGUUGGUGCUUUUGUUAGUUUACUUGAGUAUAAUGAUAUAGAAGGUAUGAUACUUAUGUCAGAACUUUCUAAACGACGUAUUCGCAGUGUUAAUAAACUUACAAGAGUUGGUAGACUUGAAGUUGUGGUAGUUUUACGUGUAGAUAAAAAUAAAGGUUAUAUUGAUUUAUCAAAGAAAAGAGUUAAUCCAGAGGAUGUUGAAAGAUGUGAAGAGAAAUUCUCCAAAAUGAAAAAGGUAUAUCAAACAGUUCGUCAUAUAGCUCAACGUGAGGGUAUAUCUGUAGAAGAAUUAAGUAAAAAAUUAAUUUGGCCUUUACAUAAAAAAUAUGGUCAUGCUUUAGAUGCUCUAAAAGAAGCUGCAAUAAAUCCAGAUGAAGUUCUUGGUGAAUUUGAUCUACCUGUAAAUAUUAAAGAAGCCUUAAUUGAAGAUAUAAAGUUCCGUUUAUCACCUCAACAAUUAAAAUUACGUGUAAGAAUUCAUGUAUGUUGUUGUGGUUAUGAUGGUAUAGAUGCAGUUCGUCAUGCUAUUAUAGCUGGACAAGAGACAGUUACUCAAGAAGGUAUUGAGAUCCAAGUAAAAUUUAUUUCUCCUCCUCAAUAUGUUAUUACUGCAGUUUCUUUAGAUAAAAAUUCAGGAAUUCAAGCUAUUGAAAAAGCAAUGAAAACAAUAAAAUCUGUUAUUGAACAAUAUAAAGGAGGAGAUUUUAAACAACAGGGUGAAAUUGAAAUUGUAGGAGGAGAUGAUGGAAGAUUUGAGGGUGAAUCUGAUGAGGUAAAUACUUCGGAAACAGAUUCAAGUGGAUCUUUUGAUGAAAAUGAUGAUGAAGAUAAUAAUGAUGAAACUAUGGUACAUAUUGAUGAUAUUGAAAUUCCCUUUAAUGAUAUUAGAAAUGAUGAUGAUAAAAAAAGAAUCUAG